GCGGACACGUAUUGCUGCAGUGAGAAUAAUUCCGCUUUCUUAAUUAUUGCCGAAAAAUGCUUACAUCUGUAUUAUAAUAUUUUAAGAUUUAUUUCGGUAUAUCUUGUUUCUCCCGGUUAGAAGAGUUGUGCCGGUUUUAUUUCUAAUCAUUUUCACAAUUAUCUGAAAAAAUGCAGUUACUUAUGGCAAUUUUUAUGACAGAAUUGAAGAACAGCGUUAUAUAUGCUUUGCCCGUUAUUCUAUCUUUGAUACUAACAUUUAAAUCCAGCAGAAUCAUACUAGACUGGUACCGCAUGUAUUCGAUGGCAAGGCUACUUCCUGGACCAAAAACUCACUGGUUCUUUGGAAAUCAUAAAGCGUUCAUGUCUAAGCAAAAUUUUUUUAAUUACGCCAUGGAAUGGAGAGAAUCGUCCCCAUUAUUCAAUAGAGUAUUUUUGAUGUUCCAACCGAUAAUCAUUAUUCAAUCGCCCGAGGCAGUUCAAGCAAUUAUAAGCAGAAAAAACAAACACAACGAAAAAGGAUACAUUUACAAUAGUCUCAGGCCGUUGUUGGGCGAAGGUCUUAUCACCAACAAAGACGCCAAAUGGCACAUGCAUAGAAAACUGAUCACGCCAACGUUCCAUUUCGCUAUCCUCAAGAGUUUUGUUGAAGUGUUCACGAACAGAACUCGUCAGUUUAUUGAGGACCUCAAACAUCUCGUUAAAGAUCAAGACCCAACAAACGAUUUCUUCGACAUAAGCCCACACACCCGAGCUCUCACUAUGGACUUCAUAUGCGAAACAGCCAUGGGCAUACCGUUAGACGACGAUACGGAAAACGAUAGGUGGAAAAUCGUCAACGCCAUUCACAGACUAGAAGAUAUCGCUACGUACAGAACGAUCAGGCCGCUGCUUUGGCCAAACUGGAUAUUUAAAUACACACAAAAAGGAAAAGAAGAAAUCAUAUACAAAACCGUAUUGCAUGCGUUUACAAAUGACUUGAUAAAACAACGAAGAAGAAUUUUAAAAGAUCAGCUCAACGAAGAGUGUUACGGAGAGUUAGAAACUAAAGGCAAUAAAAAAGCCAUAUUCAUGGACUUGCUCAUAGAAACAUCAAAAAACGGAGAGUGUUUAUCAGACGAUGAUAUCCGAGAUGAAGUCAACACGUUCGUCUUUGCAGGUCAAAAUACCACACAAUUAGCCAUCAAUUACUGUCUAUACCUAUUGGGACACAAUCAAGCAGUACAGAACAAAGUGUACGAAGAACUUCUAAAUAUAUUCGGUGACUCGGACCGGGAUCCGACGAUGGAAGAUUUAAAAGACAUGCGAUACUUAGAAAACUGCAUUAAAGAAGCGCUCCGUCUUUAUCCGAGCGUGCCACUUAUAUCGAGAAAGCUAACAGAAGACGAGCACUUUGGAACAUACGUGUUACCCAAAGGAAUUGACACGUUUAUACUACCGUACAUUUUACACAGAGAUCCCAAACAGUUUCCAAACCCCGAAUCAUUUAACCCGGACAAUUUUUUACCAGAAAACUCCAAGCACAGACACCCGUACGCAUACAUACCGUUCAGCGCCGGUCCCCGAAAUUGUAUUGGUAAAAAAUUCGCCGUGCUAGCCGAGAAGACGGUCAUUUCGGCCGUGGUCAGGAAUUUUGUGGUCGUGUCCAAAGAUCCCAGGGAAAGUAUGGUGGUGGUGCCCAACACGGUGCUGGUCCCCAAAAACGGCAUCAGACUCAGUCUGAAACCGAGAAAUCGAAAAUCCUACAUUUGACACUAACGUUAUCAAGUUGUCACGGACACAAUAUUUGUAUAUUUAGUUACUUAAAGAGAUGAACCAUCAUUCAGUACAAUAUCAUUAUGCCGUGUGUCUACUGUAUCGUAAGAAACCUUGAAGUAACGGUGUGGUAACUACCGAUUAUUGUACUUCUUUCUUUAUAAUUAACACUGCAGUUGGAAAUCUAAGAGUGUAACAAAACAUAUCUAAACAAAUUAGAAAAUUUUUGUUUUCCCAGCAAAUAUCAUUAUCAUGUCUACGUCUCACGACUCUCCGGGAAGUCAAUAGAGCUACACGUCCAUACGUUUCUGACUAACCCAACUUGAAUCCAAUAUUCGAUUUUAACAAAUAUACUAUUAAUAAUAUAAUAAUAUAAUAAACAAUUAUAUUAAUAAUAAUAAUAUGUAAAAUAUUGUCUUGUUUAUGGAAAAUUAACAUUUUAUUUAAAUAUAAUACACUCUCCAAGUAUUCCGAAGAGUCAAGAGUGCUAUUUUAUUAAUUCUAGUUGUUAUAUAUCUUACCGCUGUGCUGUAAAUAUAUUAUAAAGGCAAAUUUUAUAUUUAUUUUCAUGAAAUUUCGUCGUUUAAUAA